AUGAAGAAAACCAACCUGUGGUUCUUGGAGCGUCUUCGGGGGUCUGGGGAAAACGUCACUCCUGGGAGCGAGGCUGGGGACAAGGCUUCCAAGGGGCCCCUGCACAGCAAUGUGCUCACACCUGACAAGAUCCCUGACUUCUUCAUACCCCCCAAACUGCCCGCUGGCCCCGCAGAUCCUGAGGGGCAGGCUGAGCUGGGCCCCGCCUCGACGACGGAGCAAAACCUGGCCUCGGGGACGCCCCGCCGAGCCCCCCGGAGCCCGCGGCUGCCUGCCAAGCUGGCAGCUGAGAGCAAGAGCCUGCUGAAGGCAGCCACCCGGCACGUGAUCCAGAUCGAGAGUGCGGAGGACUGGCUGGUAGAGGAGGCUGCCACCAACGCUGACCCCCAAGCCCAGGGCGCCAUGUCCCUGCCCUCCGUGCCCAAGGCUCAGACGUCCUAUGGCUUUGCCACGCUGGCAGAGAGCCCCCACACGCGGCGUAAGGAGUCCCUGUUCCACAGCGAGCAUGGAGCCCUGGCGCAGGUGGGAUCCCCAGGUGCCGGUCGCCGUCGGGGGGGCACCAAGGCCAAUGGGGGCGAUGGGGUGCCCAGGGAGGCUGGUGGGGCCCUCAUGAGCCCCAGCCGCUACUUCAGCGGUGGGGAGAGUGACACAGGGUCCUCAGCGGAGUCCUCCCCAUUCGGGUCCCCUCUGCUCUCACGUUCCGUGUCACUGCUGAAAGGGUUCGCGCAGGACAGCCAGGCCAAAGUGAGCCAGCUCAAGCACUCAGCGGGCCGCCACAGCUCCCUGUCCGCUGAGGACAGCGCACCAGACACCAGCCCCGGGGCGCGGCGCCGCCUGACCCGCAGGGCCACCCCAGAGCCGGGCCCUGAGACUGGCCAGGCGCCCCGUGCAGAGCACGCGGUCCGCAUGGGCCCGCGGGGCAGCGUGCGGCUGCUGGCGGAGUAUGAGGUGGCCCAGGCCCGCCUGCGGGUACGCCUGCUGGCAGCCGAGGGUCUCUAUGACCGCCUGUGUGACGCCCGCAGCAUCAACUGCUGUGUGGGGCUGUGCCUGGUCCCCGGGAAGCUACAGAAGCAGCGGAGCACCAUCAUCAAGAACAGCCGCCACCCCGUCUUCAACGAGGACUUCUUUUUCGAUGGCCUGGGGCCGGCCAGUGUCCGGAAGCUGGCCCUCAGGAUCAAGGUGGUCAACAAGGGCAGCAGCCUCAAGCGGGACACGCUGCUCGGGGAGGAAGAGCUUCCGCUGACCUCCCUGCUCCCUUUCUUGUAA